AUGUCUCGUGGUAACUCGGUCCGACGACCCGAGGUCGUACAAAAGAAUUGAGAGCGAUCGGAUGUCACAAGUGAAUGUCAUCAACAACACCGUCAAAAAAAAAGAAUAAUAAUAAUAACAAUAAAUACUCUCAUCUCACUCUUUUUCUUUCUUUUUCUCUCAAUUCGUCAUUUUUUCCCCCGUGAAACGUCAUCGCAUUUCAAUAAAAGUAUUAACGUGUAAAUUCAUCGAUUUAUCCCCCAAGAAUGUCAAAUUCCCCAACAAAUGUCGCGAUUAUUGCGAAUUAAUACAAUAAUUAUACGUGUGUCGUGCAAAAAGUCGGCCAUUUUGUUGCCGGCCAUAACUGGAACAUCGUGUUGUGAAUGAUUGUGUGUGUGUGACUUUUUAGGGGGUGGAGGAGGGCAGAAUUUUACUAAAACGACGAAAACAAAAUUUACAAACAAAACGCAAGUUAAACUUUUACAACUAUUUAUACUUGAAUAUCUAGUGAAAAAAAGGAAAAUUCUCGAGAAUUUGUGUCUUUACUAGUGUCAAUAUAGUGCGAGAAGGGUGGGGGGAGGGAAGUCAGCCGGUACGCGUGUGCUGUUUUGCUCUCUUUCUUUUUUUUUUGAAUAGUGUGAAGAAAAAUCAUUGGGUCACACCUCUGAUUGGUGGAUAUGAAAAAAUCCACAAAAACCCAUGUGUUAAAAAGAAUAACAAUAAAAUACCGGCGUGUAUUGUGCGUUAAAUUCCGAAAGUGAAUUUUCUAAUGACCUUCUCAUCUCUGUUGGUUGCAUAUACGCAGCAUAUAUACAUUGUAGAAUUUACAAAUGUGUGCAUGCAACUGUGAAUUUCUCAGAAAAUCUUGCGCGCGACGUCUAUAAUGAGAAUUUGUCUUUUAAUAUAUAGUUACACGGGGGAACAAAAAAAAAUUGUUAAUUUUCUCCCGUUUAACCUAUAGUCUCUCGUCGCGUGGUGGAAAAAAAUGGCGACAGUGACAGAUGUCAAUUUUGUGCAAAUGCAGUGAUGAUCUAUUGUUGGGAAAAAAUUGUGAAAACGACAAAAAUUAUUUUUUUUUCUAUCUAAAUAGAGACUAUUUUCUUUUUGUGUAUAGUCAAGGACGGUGUAAGAGCCAGUCUCUCAGGCAGCGGUUAUCAUAUGUGUAUUUGCGCUCUAAGAUUGAUCGAGGAGAAUCCGAUCGAAGGUGUAAGGUGAAAAAAAAUAAAAUUAGUGCCAAGAAGCAGAUUCAACAAAAAGAGAAAUGAAGAAUUAUUAAGUCAACAAAAAUUUUUAUCUAAAUCCACAACAAUGACAAAGGAUCAAAGUGAGAGUACAGCACUCGAAACGGAAAUGGAGAAGGGGGUGAAAAAAUCGCUGGUCGAUUGUUCGCAUCAUAAAACUGCAAAUGGUAAUGAUUCACAAGCACUGAGUCCUGAUAGUAAUAAGGAAUCACAAAAGUCUUCCACAAUUGUUGAACUGGUUCAGGAGAAUCAGAAAACUGCGGAAACGGAACAGGAGAGUCCGAAAAAUACGGAAACGGAACAGGAGAGUCGAAAAAUUACGGAAACUGUUCAGGAGAUUCGAAAAAAUACGGAAUCGGUUCAGGAGAGUCGAAAAAAUAUGGAAACGGUUCAGGAGAGUCGAAAAAAUACAGAAACGGUUCAGGAGAGUCAAAAAAAUACGGAGACGGUUUCUGAGAAUGAAAAAGGAGAUAAACUGGAGGGGGAAAGAAAAGUAGAAAAGAGGAAAGACGAAAAAAUGGUACUUGAGGUUGAAGUGGAAAAAAAUCAGGCAGGGGAAAUGGAAAAUAAUCGAGAAACUGAACAGGAAGUGAAGGAGAAGGAAACUAUUGAUCAGGAGGUUAAGAAAACGGAUUUUGUGCCUCAGGAGGAGGAAAAUAACGAAAAGUUGACUAUUCAGAAGGAAAAUAUUCACCAGGAGGAGAAAUCUGAUGAAAAUUGGAAAGAGAAGACUAAAAAUAAUGGAGAUGAGAACAGCGCACCAAUCACAGACGUUUCUGAAGAAAGCGCACCAAUCACAAGCGAUCCCGCCAAAAAUGAACCAAUACCAAGCUUUUUAAUCAAUUUACCCAUAGAAUCACCGGAAAAAACUCUUCCACAAAAUCCAGAGUGUCAAAUUUCCCCCCAAAAUUCUCCAAAACCGGAAAUUUCACCUCCUGAAAUAUUGGAAACUUCGAAAAAAAUAAAUAUAGAGUCAAAAAUGGUAAAUAAUUUACAGGAGGAAGAAAAUGAAUCUUCAUUAGUAUUGGAGGAAGAAUUAACGGAAAACACUCCAAUUAACGAUGAACCAGAAAUAAUUGCUGAAAUAAUAACAGAAAUAAAUAAAAAAGAAAUGAAGCAAAAUUUACAAGUUAAUAAUUUGAAUUGUGAGGAGAAUUUAAAAGGUCAUGGGGUAAAAUGUGAAUCACCUAUAAUGAUGAUGACGACAACGGCGAAACGAAAAGAAAUUGAGGAGGAGGAGGAAGAAUUCAAGGCUAUUGAGGAUGAACCGAAAUUUAUUGUUGGUAUUGUAGGAGAACCAACGGCAGUCACUGAAUUGAUAAAUGACGACGAACUUGGUACAGAAUCUACAUUACCAACAGACGAUCAUGUUGCCCGUUGGGUCGAGAAUACAGCGAAUGUUGAUAAUGCAAAUUUCUCCGAUGGCGAGAGGGAGAAUCAUGAGGACGAACAGGAGGAGGAGGUGUUGGAAAUUAUUAAUGAGAGAAAAAUAAAGCGGAACGAUACCAUUGAAUUGUCAUCGUCACGAAAGAGGCGGAAAAUUGUUAAUCAUAUUAUUAAACGCAGCAUCAAAUGCUUGAACAAGAUGCAUGCAAUGGACGAGAAUUCGAGUGUUGUUGCAAAUACAAAAAAUAUGAAAGCUACAGAGAAAAAGGAGGAUGAUGAUUUUUCGAGGCAAUCACCACAAGUGCCUCAAAAUCAACAAAAUGGCGCUGCACUGCCGGAGGAAACUGUCACUGCUGCCACUGAGCGUCUACAUUCCUCAACCGUCAAGGAAGAACCACUUCAAGAUACAAUAACUGAUCUCAGCAAAAAAUCAUCAUCAGAUUUAUCGUCAUUAACAAAACACGUCGAGGAUACAAAAAUAAUUCGCUCCGAUGAACGUGCAAGUAGAAAGCGUCGUUCAACGGACGAAAUACCAUCAGCCAAUGGUAAUGCAAAUACAAAAAGAAUUUGUCUCGAGCAACGUGAACAAUUAGUCUCAUCAUUAAUAACUGGCUAUGAAAAUGCAUCAGCCGAUGAAUUAGCAACAAGAGCCGAUUGUUUACGCGCCGAAUUACAAGCACUCGACGAAUUGGCACGAGCCGCCGAAAUGGAAUGGAAUCGUGUUUUGACAAUGAGAAAAUUAAAGGAGGAGGCUUAUUUGCGAGUUGAGAGGAGACGACAGGUUGUUAAUUUUAUGGAGGGUCACGAUAGACUUAAUGAUUUAUUGCCAUCGAUGAAUUCAGCGCACGAUUCACACGAUUGGGAGGCGAAGAAAUUGGGUAAUAUUAAGGAGAAAUGUGCAUUUCCAACAGUACGUGGAGGUGGUGGUGUCGGUGAUGAUGAGCAAAAUAUUUUAUAUAAAAAUAAUUCUGAUAAAAUAUCAAAAUCAUUGCAACAGACUGCACAGAAUUUGUCGAAUAGACUAUCGGCUGAUGCAAGAAAGCAGGCGGCUGAUUUAUUGGGUGACAAUCGUCAGAUUGGCGAGGGACGUCAGGGACCAACUGUUGAUGUGAGAUCAAUUAUUGCUGACUAUAGAUUACGACAUCCUGAGAGUGUACCAAGACGUGGACGUCGAAUGAGAAAUUCGGUGAAUGUUAAUUUGGGAGCUGGUGGCGCUGUUAUGGAGAAUAAUCAAAAUACUGAUUCACGGCCAUCAAGCACUGAUUCAUGCAAGAGUAAUUCCAAUAUUGAGGGGAAUAAUUCUCUUAAUUUCAAGGAUGUUUUGGUGCAUUUUGCAAAACUCAGUCAACAGCAAGGUAAUUAUUUAAGGGAACCGGUGAAGACGCCACAAAAUUAUCCGGACGUUACGCUACAUCCAGUGGCGCCAUCGCCGCCAACAACGCAAAAUUCAACGCCACAACCAAGUGGAUCUCUAUUACAUGGAAUUCUAACCAAAGCACAAUCGCCAAGACCAACAACAUUCUCGCCGACAUUAGCACGAUUGCUCACUGCACCCGAACGAGAUCGCAGUGCCCCGGUAACGACCGUCACGCCACAUUCAAAUUCGGCGAGUCAACGAAUGAUUCAGGCUUAUCAGGAGGCGAAUCCCGUUUCUAUUAGUGAACUAUUAUCCUCGUCAAAGGGCCGAACGGAAAUAACGAUCACACCGGUAGUUAAUGCUCUAGUACCACCGCACGCUAACAACAUGAUGCAAGUGGACGACGAGGAGGAAUCGUCAAUAAUGGAGGAAAGAGAGUCGAGGAUUUCUGGCGGGAGUCGUGACGACAGAGAUAUUUCGCCACGCUGUCAGGGUUGUCACGAACGUGCCGCACAAUAUGUGUGCGCCGGAUGCGGAAAUCAAUGGUACUGCAGUCCCGAGUGUCAGGCUGCCGCUUGGGACGAACAUUCGGAGGUGUGUUCAGGCUAGGAAAAAGCUCGGCCUCGUUCGAAUCGCGCAAAACCGAAAAAUAAAUCUAGUCAGGGUACGAAAGGCAAGCGCGAAUUGCUGAGCAAAGCAUGAGAACGAGUCCGGCGAUAAGUUUAUAAACAAUUUUCAAAAAAGAAGAAAAAAUGUCCGUCAGUGAAAAUUUUUCACUUGAAAAAGAAAAAUUACGGAUACAAUAAUUGUUUUCUUUUUCAAAAAAAAAAAAAAAUAACUUCGAACCCCAUUUUUUUAAAAACCGAAAAAGAAUUCUUCGUAUUAUUGAAUUUUUGUUCUGAAUCGACGAAAAUUUUAUUUUUCUGAGUAACGUUGCAACUGACAGUAUUGACUAGAAAAAAGUUUUUUUAAAAAUAAAAAAAUCUAGUUCAAUAAUACAAGAAAAAAAAAUAUUCUUAAUAAAAAGAGUCGAGAGGACUUUUCAAAGAAUUUUUUUCGCUUCUAAAAAUAAAAAUUAGAAGAAAAUAGCGCUUAUUUACCAAAAAAGUGUUUGGUAAAUUUUUUUAAAAACAUAAAAUUUGUGCUCCGAUUAAAACCAAAGAGUAUUGCAAUCGAGGCUCAAAAUUCAUUAUUCUUUUUUUUAAUCGCAAGUUCAGAAGACUUUCUACAUAUUCGUUUUUUUAAAUUGUUCAUUUUUCAAAAUGUUCAAAAUGUGUUAACUUUAGUUUUUAAAAAUAUUUAAAACUAUAAAUGAAAUUUGAAUUUGUUUUCAAUUCAAUGCAUUAAAAAGUGAUAAUCGUUGUAUUUAUUAAUUCCGUGUUUAUUAAAAAAAAUGUUUUGUUUAUUCGCAAGGAGAAAAAAAUAUGUUCGCGAGCGUAUGUAACUACUGUAAGUUGCAACAUUUGUAAAUAAUUUUUAUAUAUAAAAAAAGAAAAUCAGUGAGAGAUGUGUUUUAACAACGCAAAAAGACUUAGUGACUCUUUUUCAUAAAAUGCUAUUUGCAUAAUAUCAAUUUUUUUUUUAUUUUCAUCACAUAAACAGCGAUACUUAUUUUCCCGCCCUAGAAUUGAAAUUUUCGAUUAUAAAAAAAUCUUAAUUUUCUUCAAUUUGCCAAUUUUUCUGUUACCGAUUUGAUAUAUACAUAUAGAGCCGAAUAUAAUAUAAAUAAAUAUAUUAUUAAUGAAAAAAAUAGAUAAUUAAGAAAGAGAGAUGAGAAUUUAGUCGGUAAAAAUUUAAAGAAGAAAAUUUUUCAAUUUAAGGAAAAUUGAAAUAGGACGUGCAAGAAAGAAGUUAAAAAAGAAUGAAUUAAAAAAAGAAAUCUUAAUUACCAUUUAUUAAUUUGAUACCAUAUUUGUUACCAAUGUGUAUAAAUUAAAAAUGAUAAAUUAUUAAAUAAGAAUUUAAGCGUAAUAUUUACUUGGUAGAUUGUAAUAAUUAGUUUUGUUAAGGAAUUUUUUGUACGCGACGUUGCGAUCAUCAGCCACGAGACACGUGUUCUUUGCUAAUUCACAUACAUAUUAUUAUAAAUAUAAAUAUAUAUACAUAUAAAAAUGCCGGUAGAUUACCUCAGACAAUUUCUUCGGAAUCUGUAGUCCAAAGUUCCUACAGGCACACGCGAUAUAUAUAUUUUUCCCAUUUACAAAAAAAACCAAGUGAACCAAAAUAAAAGUUUUUAAUUGCAA